AACCAUAAUUUAUCAUAAGUUAGGUUUGGUUAGGUCUUAAAACUUGUCACACGUGACGUAUCUUAUUAUGGGAGCGACAAUUAUGUAAACGAUGUAGCAGCAUGAUGAUUUGUCAUGUCCAUAAUUACAUGCACCGAAUUGCACUCUGUUCUUUCUCUUCAUAUUUUAAGAAAUAUGGGAGGAAAGUGGUCCAGCAUGGAUCCCUCGCAAGUCGAGGUUCCAGAAAUAAAAGCUCUUUUGGAUAGAGAUCCUUAUUUAAAGCCAUAUGAGAAUGACAUUCGUCGAAGGUAUGCCUUAUUUAAAGAUUAUACUGAAAACAUAGAGACAGGAGAUGGAGAUUUAAAACAAUUUGCAAUGGCGUACCAAACUUUUGGAAUUCAUAUUCUGGAUGAUAAUAGUGUUAUUGCGAAGGAAUGGGCACCUGCUGCACAAGAAGUAUUUCUAACUGGAGAUUUUAAUAAUUGGAAUAAAACUUCCACACCAUAUAAAAAAUUGGAGUAUGGUAAAUGGGAACUGCGUUUACCUCCAAAUGCAGACGGCAAUAGCCCUAUAAAACACCUUUCUGAAGUAAAAAUUAUCAUCAAAGAUCAUAAUAAUGAAUUGCUUGAAAGACUGAGUCCUUGGGCAACUUAUGUAACACAGCCAGCAGACAAAUCUGAAGGGACUACUUAUAGACAUCAUAUAUGGCAUCCACCUCCAGAAAAUGUAUACAAGUUUAAGCAUCCUAAACCAAAGAAACCAGAGAGUCUGAGAAUUUAUGAAUGUCAUGUUGGAAUUAGUACUCAACAGUUUCGGGUCGGUACUUAUUUGGAAUUUGCAAAAGAUAUAAUACCAAGAAUUGUAAAACAGGGAUACAAUGCAAUACAAUUAAUGGCAAUCAUGGAGCAUGCUUAUUACGCUAGUUUCGGAUAUCAGGUGACUUCCUUUUAUGCUGCUUCAUCUCGUUAUGGUACUCCAGAAGAAUUAAAGGAAUUGAUAGAUGUGGCGCAUCAGCAUGGUCUCUAUGUGCUGCUGGAUAUGGUACAUUCGCAUGCGUCCAAAAAUACCUUGGAUGGAUUGAAUAUGUUUGAUGGUACGGAUGCAUGUUUCUUUCACACCGGCUCCCGUGGCGAACAUCCACUGUGGGACAGUAGACUAUUCAAUUAUGGCGAGUACGAGGUACUCCGAUUCUUAUUAUCCAACUUACGUUGGUACAUUGAGGAAUAUGGCUUCGAUGGGUUUAGAUUCGAUGGUGUCACUUCGAUGUUGUAUCACUCAAGAGGCUUUGGACAAGGUUUCAGUGGACAUUAUGAUGAAUAUUAUGGUCUGAAUGUUGAUGUGGAAGGUGUAGCAUAUUUGAUGAUUGCUAAUCACAUGUUGCAUGACUUGUAUCCUGAAAUGAUCACAAUAGCUGAAGAUGUUAGUGGAAUGCCAGGCGUUUGCAGGCCAGUUGUUGAAGGUGGUGUGGGAUUCGAUUAUCGAUUAGCUAUGGCUAUUCCCGACAAAUGGAUUAAGUUGUUAAAAGAGGUGAAAGAUGAAGAUUGGAAAGUUGGGGAAAUUUGUUGGACAUUGUCCAAUCGAAGAUGGAUGGAGAAAACGGUGGCUUAUUCCGAAUCUCACGAUCAGGCUCUCGUAGGCGACAAAACAAUAGCUUUUUGGCUUAUGGAUAAGGAGAUGUAUACGCAUAUGAGUCUUCUUUCACCUAGCGAUAUUAUUUCGCGUGGUAUUGCUCUCCACAAUCUAAUCACGUUGAUCACGCAUGCUUUGGGUGGCGAAGCUUAUCUGAACUUUAUGGGCAAUGAAUUUGGCCAUCCUGAAUGGCUUGACUUUCCAAGGGUUGGAAACGGAAAUAGUUAUCAUUACGCGAGACGUCAGUGGAAUUUGGUGGAUGAUGAGUUGCUCAAGUACAGAUACAUGAAUAAUUGGGAUCGUGCUAUAAACAUGCUCGAAGAAAAAUACGGAUGGUUACAUGCUAACCCUGGCUAUGUGAGUUGGAAGCAUGAAGACGACAAGGUGAUUGUCUUCGACCGAGCUGAUCUUGUGUUUGUCUUCAAUUUCCAUCCAAACAAAUCGUUUGCCGAUUAUCCAGUUGGUAUAAAAAAUCCAGGAUCUUACAAAAUCGUUCUAUGCAGUGACGAUGAACAGUUUGGGGGACAAACUCGAGUAGACGUGAAUGUGCAGCAUUCCACGCAACCAGAAUCAUUUUCUGCAUAUCCACACAAAAUGAUGGUCUACAUUCCGUGCCGUACAGCCAUAGUUUACGUACAAGCUGAUUCAUAAACAUUACCUCUGAAUCGUGAGUGAAAACUAUUAAAAAUAGUAAGAUUAUAUAUAUACAUAGAUUAUAUAUAUACAAGAUUAUAUAUAUAAAGGUAUAAUAAAGAUAUUAUUUUUGUAGAAUACAA